AUGUCGUUCUUCAAUCGUCUGGGUAGUCUGUUCGGCCUUUCCAAGCCAGCUCCGCACCCUGGAGCUAUCCUGGCAGCGACCGUCACCAAGGCUGCCUCGUUAGGAUUUGUCCCAGUCGCAAUUCAUUUUGACCUUUUUGGCAUUUUGGUGCGAGGAGGCGCCGCCAGCGCGGAAGACGUAGCCAAAGCUGCCAACGCAGCCCGGUCGCCAAACAAGCCAGAAUUAUGUAUUCAACUCGCAUCUGAUACACUCUACAUCAUGUCUGGAUUGGGACUGGUGGACCGCGUGGACGAGGACCGAUACAAUGCCAAUAUGGUUACCCAACACAUGGUUGAUAUGCCCAGCGCUCAACAUGGCGCAUUACAUUUCACCACCGAGGGGCUGAUGGGAGGCGCAUUCUUGAUGAAGAAGCUUCAAGACACGAACUUUGCCUACCCAUUUGAAGAAAAAGCUGGUCCAAUGCAAUAUGCAUACGAACUCAUGGGCGAUUCGUCACUCUCCAAAUCACACACUUACAGCAUCAUGGAAGCCCAAGGACGAAUGGAAAGCUUCAACGAAUUCAUGGUCGGCAAAUUCCUCAAAUUCGGCACAUUCCCCGAACGCGUCCAAUCCCUUGGAUAUGACCUACGAGCAGCCCUCAGCGCCCCAGGCUCAGUAGCGAUGGUCGACAUCGGAGGGGGACGCGGCGAACUACUCCUAGAAGUCCAAGCGGCAUUCCCGCAUCUAAGCGCCGAGAAUCUUGUGGUGCAAGAGUUCAACGCGGAGAUCGACCACAUCCCGGGGAUUCGCUUGAUGGAGUGGAAUUAUCAGACUAGUCCUGCACAGCCGGUCACUGGUGCGAGGAUCUACUCCCUUCAGCACAUUCUGCAUAACUUGCCGGAUUUGGCCGCCGUGGCGUUACUGCAGAAGCUUUCACGCGCUAUGGCGCCUACGUCAAGGCUGCUGAUUAUUGAAUAUGCGAAGAACAUGACCUAUACAAACCUACACGCGACCAUGAUUUGUCUCUUUGGCGGGCGUGAGCGAAGUUCUUCUGAGUGGCGGCAGCUGGCCCAAGUCGCAGGGCUGAAAGUUACGUUCGAGGCUUAUGUUGCAGGGGCUGUGACGUUCAGAACUAUUUGUAUCGAGUCCCCGCUCGCUACAUUCCUAUGUCUGACCCUGCAGUUCAUCCUAAUUAUGAGUAUUCCACGGCCCCGGGAAGGGGAUGUCAAUAUCGGCACGGCCACGUUCGACGCAUGCUGGGUUCUCACUGCCAUAGUUGGUGUGGCGUUGGGCUUUCGUUUCGUGGUUAAAGCAUGGAUCGGUUUGACCCUACCCCAGGUUUCCAGACCGGAGCGGAUCUGGGGAAUUGAAGAUCUAUUAUUUCUGGUUGCAUAUGGGUUUGACAUCACACACAUGACCAUGAUUCAAAUGAGUGCCCAUUGGGGUCUCGGAAGACACUUUUUCUACCUGUCUGCGGAGGAAAAGUUCCACGCCAUGAAAUGGGAUUUUACCUCCCAACCCAUUGCUGUGUCAUCGGCCAUGGUUUCUCGGACCGGCAUGAUGUGCUUCCUGCUGACCUGCUUUGCGGCGAGUGAUCGUAGGAUCCGGACAUCGAUCAUAGUCUGUGCCGUUGUCCAGAUCGUUGUCAAUUUGAUCACUGUGCUGCAAAUCAUCUUGCAAUGCGGUCCGAGUCCUUAUCGCUCAGUUGAUCGUACUCAGUAUUUUCACUAUAUGUGGACAGAGCUCCCAGCAGAUGGCUCCGUGCAAUGUCAAUCCCCGAUGGUGCAAACCACAGUCGGAUUUGUCCAAGGCGGCUUUAACACCAUUAUCGAUUUCUUCUUGGCCGCUCUGGCUGCGAUGGAGCUGUGGCAGUUCUUCCUGCGAACAUUGCAUCGGGACCCUAAUAUAUCCUUCUGGGCUCAGUUCCGCAAGAUCAACAGGACAACUCGGUCGCGGCGCAUAUGGCAGACACUCACCUUGAGUGGUCCUUUGAUCCUCUCCGGAGCUGCAUCAAUUAUCAAGACCUAUAAACUUAAAUCGUUAGGAGAUCGACAGGAUUUCACUUACAACAUCGUCUCAUUCAUACUCUGGGUGAAGAUUGAAAACUACAGCAUUCUCCUCGCAUCAUGCGCGCCCGUCGCGCGUCUCUUUCUCCGAGCAUUCGUCGACUCUCGCAGUGGCGGCCGACCAGGAUACUGGUCUCGGUCCAAGUCCAAAGAAAACAGCAAUGACACUGAAAUGAAACGUCGCCCGAAAGACCAAUGGAUGGACUCGACGACUGUGACCGGGUGGCAGGAUGAAGAAAGUUCACCGGAUUGGCCGCGGUCAGAGAGUCGUAUAUCUCGGGCACUGCCAGAUCACGUUGAUCCUGGAUGUGUCUCAGUCAAGACGGAAGUUGUCGUACAGGUGGGCAAAAGUCGGCCACGAUCAACAUCAUCAGGUGAUGUACGAUUACUUCCUGGUGGAGAGUAUAUUUGA